AUGAGCCUCCAAACUAGGUUACACCCACGGCACAAGCUCAAGUUAGAGCGUAGGGAAGCGUCCUUCUUGUGUGAUGGCUGCAAGGAACCAGGGUUCUACUCGUGCUACACGUGCGAAAAGUCGUGUGACUUCCACCUUCAUCGCCACUGCGCCAACCCUCGCCCGUCUCUCAAACAUCCGUUCUUCAAAAAUUGUAGUUUCAGAUGGGUGGAAUCCGGGCUGCACGGCAGGGUCUGUGACGCCUGCGGGACACGUGUGAGGGGCUUCGUCUACCACUGCGAUAUCUGCGGCAAGGACCUGCACCCCUCCUGUGCGAACCUACCCCGAGUCCUCGACGACGGGGGCCUGAGGUUGGAGCUCAAGAAGGAGAUUUCCUCCGAGUGCGAAAGGUGCGGCUGGAAGAAGAGGGCGGAUGGGAAGUUUUCGUGGGGCUACGUCUCAACCUGCAAGACUUUCUCGUAUCAUAUAUCCUGCAUGAAGGAUGUGCUCCAGGAUAACUGUGUGAAGAAAGAAGAUAGCUCUCGGGGUUCCGCCGUCAAGGACGGCGGUCGUGAAUCAGUGAAAAGAACGCCGAUGCUCCAGCUUGCCGUAAGGGAAAACAAAGGCCGUCCCGGGUGGAAGCUAGCGAAGAUGAAGAAGGUGGUUCAAGUAGCAGUUUCGAUCAUCCUCGCCGCCGUACUUGGGGAUCCAAUAUCUUUAGCGGCGACUGUGAUUGCUAGCCUACUCUCUCGCUGA